UGUUCACUGCCCAUAAAUAGUUGGCUGAGUUUUUCUCCACUAAAAUAUUCUAAUUCGACGGAAAUUGCCGUUCUCAUGUCUCAUAAAUUACAGACUAUUUUAAUGGUGAAAAAGCCAAAGUUUUUGCAGAAUUUUGGACCAACCUAAACCCCCAUUAAAAUAACCCAAAAAAUUUUAAAUUUAAUUGAAAACUAUUUCACUAAUUUACUAUUAAUGGGUUGAAUUUUAUAGAUUCACUUAAAAAUUAAUAGCCACCGUUCCCACUAAUUAAUUCCCCUUUUUCACAAAUACUUAUACUCUUUAAAUUUUCUUGUUUUACUCUCAAUCUUCUUUUUCAUGGCAUCUCAACCUCCAUUGAUGAUUUCUUUCUUCUCUAAAGCCCUGUUUGUUUCUCUGCAAUUAAUUUCUUCCUAAAUAAAUUAAUCAAAAAAUAAAUAAAAAUUCCCCCUUUUUUCCAUUUUUCCUCUGUUGACUUAUUUGGUUUUUAAAGGUUUAAAGUUCUUUAAUGUCCAAAGGCAAAGAAAUUGAGGAAAAACAAGUUGAUAUGGAAGGCAAUGAAUUCGAUGAGCAAGAGUAUGAAGAAGUUGGAGAUAAUUUUUACACCUGUGAAUCCAAUGAAGAGGAUGUUAUAGAUUUGAAUUCCUCUGCAGGAGCUCAUUGGAUUGUUUCAGAUGAGCCACGGCCUGAUAAAAUUAGGAAGAGUAAUGCUUCUUCCUAUGUUGAUUUCGGGCUUGUAUCCUUAAGUAUCCAGUCUCAGGAUGCAGAUUAUAUACACUCUCAUGUUCCUCAACUCAGUGAUGAGUUGGAGAAUAUGAUUAUUGCUAGAAUUCCGCUUUUGGAAUUCAGGAAACUGUGCUUAUUGAACAAAAAGUUCUUAGCACUAAUAAAAAAUGGGGAUUUAUUGAGAGAAAGGAGAAUGAUUGGUGUAAGGGAAGCAUCAGUCUUCAUGCUUGCCAGUGGGGAGGAUAAUUGGUGGGCAUUUGAUCAGCAGUUUACAUUCCACAAGGCACUUCCUGUAUUACCUUGUGAUGGUGUCUUUAGACUCGGCGAUAAAGAGUCUCUUUGUGCCGGGACUCAUCUUCUUGUUUGUGGGAAUGAGUUGGAUGGACCUGUCAUAUGGACUUAUGAUGUGAUCAUGAACAAAUGGUUCAAGGGUAUUUCCAUGAUUCAGCCUAGGUGUUUGUUUGCCUCUGCAUCAUCUGGUGGCUUAGCCUAUGUAGCAGGAGGCAUUGGUCUGGAGAGUGGAGGGAUUUUGAAUUCAGCUGAGAAGUAUGAUCCUAUGACCAGAUCGUGGGAGCCGCUCCCAAGGAUGAAAGUAAAAAGGAAGAUGUGCUCUGGCGUUUACAUGGAUGACAAAUUCUUUGUCAUCGGAGGACAAAGCCAAAAUAAUGAAGUUCUAACCUGUGCUGAGGUUUUUGAUGAGAAAAGAAAUAUUUGGGUGGAAAUACCGGGAAUUUUGAAUGGUUUAACACUACCCUCUUCUCAGUCCACCCCGUCUCCACCUCUAGUUGCUGUUGUUAACAAUGAGCUAUACACUAUCGAAACUUCAACAAACAGCUUGAUGGUGUAUUUAAAAAACAGCAAUUCUUGGAGGGAUUUGGGCCCUAUUCCUGUUCGAGCUGAUAUAAAUAAAGGUUGGGGUGUGGCCUUCAAGUCUCUUGGCGACGAGUUGCUGGUCAUAGGUGGAUCGACUAUAUCACUCUCAGGCCGUGGUAUGACUAUUUAUACUUGCUGUCCUUACCCGAGUGCUGAAACCUUGAACUGGAAGCUCCUUGAUGAUGGUGGUGGCAAUAGACGAAGUCAUUUUAUUAUGAAUUGCACUGUUAUGGUUGCUUAAAGGCUUAACUUUUCAAAACUUGAGCCUUCUAUAUUUCGCAGUAAUAUAUUAUAAUUAAGGUUAUAAGCCAGAAAUUUAGGCCCUCAAACUGUAACAUCUGUUCCUUUUCAGUUUUGUGUUUUGUCUUGAUUUUAUGUGAUUCGAGUGACUUGUAUUCAUAUCAUGGUUGUGUUGUGCUUCAUUUUACCUUGAUAUUUUGAUGAGUUUCCUGAAAAGAAUGCUCAACCAGUAUGAACUUGUAUUAUUCGAACUUUGUCUUACGAAUUUGCACAAACUUCCUUGAAUGAUGCA